AACGCUCAGAGCCGCCCGUCGACUAUGCCGACAAUCACUACUUUUUUGGACGACCAGUCCCCCCUCAUUGCAUAUUCUGGCCCGUGGACAUCGGGGCCAGCGGCCGCGGCCACGUCCGACAGCUACUUCUAUCUCGGGACUUUUUCGUGGAGUAACGCCCCUUCCCAAAUCGCAACCUUCAACUUCAACGGGACAGGCCUAGGCGUCUACGGCGGCAAACUUAACACCCAUGGGCUUUACUCAGUCAUCGUGGAUGGCCAGACUUACACCGGUAAUGGGAACUCUUCCACGUACGAGUGGCAGACUUUGCUUUAUAACCAAAGCGGUAUGACGCAAGGGAUGCAUAGCGUGUCAUUGGGGUCUGCAGUUACCGGCGCAUUGUUUACCUUGGACUUUGUAACCUGGCAAACUCAAGUGGGGCGCGAUGACCAGAAGCUGGUGUAUGUCAAAGUUCAAGACACCGAUCCUAGCUUCGACUAUCAAGGUGGAGGCGCAUGGAGUGGAACACCUAACAAUGCGUAUAUGUUCAACAGCGGGAGUGGACAUACAACGUCGAUCGAAAAUGCAUCUGUGACUUUAACGUUUACCGGCGACCUGAUAAAUCUCUAUGGUGCCGUCGGAAUCAACAACGGCCAGUAUUCUGUUACCAUGGAUAGCGAAGCGCCUGUCACGUACAACGCUACGAGGCCCUGGAAUCUUUAUCAAAUGAUGAUUUACCAGGCCAGUAACCUGGGCCCCGGAGAGCAUCAUCUGACGGUGACCAAUCUUCCUAGCGGUGGGAGUCAGAACCUGGCCAUCGAUUAUGCCGAAGUCAUGGUCUUGAUCGACAGCGACUCCGAUACCACUUGCUUUAGUGGAACUUCUGGCAUUGACGCGCAGAUACGCACAUCAUCAACGCGUCCAAGCGCCGGAACUAUAGCAGGUUUAGUCGUGCUCGGUGCAACUACAGCCCUAGCCCUUUCCACCGUGUUUUGGUUAUGGCGUCGGUGGAGGCUAUCAGAAGAUCGAUAUACCAACCUUUACCGUAACUUUGCUCAGCGCGAACCUCGCGGAAUAGCCUUUGCUUCAGGAGCAGUAGCAUCUUUGGACACAUGCGAUCCAAACCUCCGUAAUAGGUCUUCGGUCUCCGACGCAGCUGGUAAUAAUCCUUUCAGCUAUGAUACUGGUGCUUAUAGCUCGGCACCGUUUUCUCAUGGUGACGCUAUGGCCGAAGCCCACGACAUAGAGCUUCAGCAAAGACAUUCCCCCGCCCCGACACACUAUACGGGCUUACCGGAAUACACACCAGAACGCUUAUCACUCAACUACGGAAUUCAGUAUCAGAAAGCAGGCAUGAUCAGAUCUUCAGACGUGAUCGAAAAAUGGAUGGAAAACGCGACCCAGCGUACUCAGGUGUAUUUUGUCGCGAACCAAAUUUAA